AUGGAUGAAGCUGCGAAGCUAGCGGCUCAAAUUGGCAUGACCGUGGAGGACCUGAUGUUCUCCGAUUCAGUACCUAAGGCUGAUAUAGCUCCUAAAUUUGUCUACAGGGCUGACUUGGUCAGCAAAGAGAGGCUGCAGAAACUGCCAACGCAUAUGCGGAAUUUGCAUCAGUGGUACCUUAAUGCGUGCAAGGAGAAAACAACUUUCAUCGUGGCGGAUAUCCCAGGAGAUUAUUACUUCCGAAGGGAGCAGAUCCAUAUGGAGAUGAAUGAACUCUGGCAACUGAAGAUGGUUGAAUGCAGCCAUAAUAAUGUGCACAAUGUUGGUUUCCACUGGAUUCUGCUAAACAUUAAAGUUCAUAUGGGAAUUGUUGAAGUAAGCGACCCAUUGAAUAGAGGCCUGGACGGGUUCCGCGACUUGCAGGAGAUUCUCGAGAGCUUUCAGGAGGUUAUUACGAGUGAGCACUUCGCAGAAAAGCUAACAUUUACUAUUGUCGACCGCAUGCGGGAGACCCUCCAACCACAGGAACACGAACUAGGAAUUACGGAGGAACUGGCGGCAUUUCUGUUGACAGAAGUAAUAGACGACAAGGGCCGCACCUCUCCACUCCAUUCGCUCAAAGGAAAAAAAAAGUCUCCCAGCAGAACGCCCGCCGCACCAGAGAAAGGCGACCGGCCGGCGACCUCCUCCCGCGGGCGACCUCGGCCGGACGAUUCGAGGCCCGGCUGCGCCUCAGACGAGCGAGUGAAGGGAGUGGCGCCACCGGCGACCUCGGCCCACCGGAAGCCACCGAGGGUUGGUCCUGUUCCCAUUCCUGAAUCGCAAUGUGCAGAUGCCCAAAGGCUGCUGCUAUCCCCGGCGCUGGACAGCCACGUAUCCAAGGUGCUCGACGACGACAACUUCCUCAUUGAGAUGAUGGAUCGUCCUUCAAUUCCUGAACGCGUUGAUCCCAUUCCAAGCAUGACAUGUGUGGAUGCCAAGAGGUUGCGGUGUAAAGCAAUGCCAGCCAACCCAGUACCCAAGGUCCUCGAUGAUGACAAUACUAAUUCCUGGCCGGCGACGUUGCCCCCGCUGGAAGACGAGAAUCUCCUCCAGGAGAUCUUCCUCCGCCUCCCUCCAAAGCCAUCCUCGCUUCCCCGUGCCUCCCUCGUCUGCAAGCGCUGGCGCACCAUCCUCUCUGACACCCAAUUCCUCGGCCGCUUUCGCAAACACCACCAGAAGGCCCCGCUUCUUGGCUUCUUCGUAGGGAUGGCCUUGAGAGGAAACGCCAUCUUCACUCCUGUCCUGGAGCCUCCUGAUCGCAUCCCCUCUACUCGCUUCUCCGUGCCAGAGAGCCACAACUCCCACGAGAUCUGGAAGUUCACUGGUUGCUGCCAUGGCCUUGCUGUCCUAGUCAAUCCAUCACGGGGCAAGAUUGCUGUGUGGGAACCCCUCACUGGCCAACAGCACCAUGUGACUUUUCCACCGGGCCUGGACACCAAACGUCCGGGAUACUUUCAGGCUACGGUGUUGUGCGCUGAUGCCAAACAUGGGCAUGUGCAUGGAGACUGCUUCUUGAGCCCAUUUAAAUUGGUUUUAAUCGGUGACAUGUACGAGGAGGCAAUCGUUUCUCUCUACGAAUCGGUGUCUGGUGUAUGGACAGAUUUUGUCUCAAUGGCGACUGCUGAUACAACUUUUAUUACAAGGCCCAGCAUCCUUGUUGGAAAUGCAGUAUACUGGUUGUUUUAUGGAGGUGACAUCCUUGUGUUUGAUAUUGAAAGGCAAACCCUUGGUGUGAUCAAGAUGCCAUUAGACAACCAUACUACCAACGACUGGUGUUUUCACAUCUUACGGAUGGAGGAUGGUGGACUUGGCCUUGCUGUUUUGUCUGAAUUGACCAUAAAAUUAUGGGAGAGGAAAUUAAACUAUGAUGGUGUUGUCGAAUGGGUAAUACAGAAAACAAUUCCACUGCAGGGGAUUCUUCCACGGUGUAAUGCCGGCGAAACUGUAAUUUUCGUGGGGUAUGAUGAGGAGACAAAUGUGAUUGUUCUGUCUACCAUAAUUGGCAACUUCAUGCUUCAACUUGACUCGAUGCAGACCAGGCAUAUUAUUAAAAGAUGUCACAUGUCUUAUGACAUCUUUUAUCCAUACACUAAUUUCUACACCGCAGGGAGAGGAGUUGGUUGGAAGUGGUUAGAUCUGAAACUGUGAACACAUGAAAUCUGCUAAUGUGGUAUGCUACUUGAACAAGUGAGGUAUCUAGAGCUAAAACUCGGGCUGCUGAGGUGCAGAAAUGGCUACUUACUGUAGGUUCUUCCAUUUUGUAUGCUGUGGCACUAUGUUAUCGACAGUGGAUCUUUCACUAUAUGUACCAAGUAUGUAGGUUCUUCUACUUCUAUGUGACAUAGUGACGUUGCCUGUGAACUUUCACUAUAUGCACCAAGUAUGUAAUCUGUUUGUUACCUGACAGCUGUAGACAUUAGUUGUAUUUGUAAUGCAUGCCUCUGGUACAUGGUCUUUGUGAUGUUA